AGCCGCGACAUCUCGACAGCGAGUCCAGUAUAGAGUGAUUAGUGUGUGUGCGCUCGCCAGCCGCGCUGCUGGGCUGAUCUGUUGUUCCUCUGUUUGCGGAUGACUGUCAAAAGCAAUUUCCCCUUCGUUCGCAACGGCACCAACCAGCAGCACCUCUACUCGAUCUAGAAACGAAACGGCCGACGAGUACUCCCCUACUUCUCAUCACAUCAAAAGCCAAGUCCCGCAAGCAGAGGCAGCAGCAGCCAGUAGUCGUUCCGCGAUGCGAGCUAUCCUCCUCCUCCGGAACGUCGUCAGCAGCAGCAGUAGUAACAGCCGCAGCAGCAGCGAGAGAAGAAAUAACACCAUGACGAGGAGCAGUGCCAGUGGUUCCAUUUCGUAGUAGCGCCAAGACAGCGGAGAAGAUUAACGAGCAGCCAGCCAGCACGACGGAGACGACGUUGUUGGUGUAUAUAUAUAUAUAUAUAUAUAUAUAUAUAUAUAUAUAUGUGCACACGAGAUAUAUAGGUAUAUACACACACACGCGAGCAUAUUAGAGAGAGAGGGGGGCGAUCGAGCGAGGAGAGAAGAAAGCGACCUGGAGAGAGUACACAACUCGCGCGUAUAUAUACACACGGAGAGUCAGUCGAGAUGUACUGACUUUUUUCCUCGAGAGAGUGCGAGGGAAAGAGAGAGAGAGAGAGAGCGCGACGGGAGACGUCCGGAGUAUAAUAUCGCAGCCAUGGGCUCAUGGGAAUAGCUGUUGACCACUUUUGCCUUGAGCAGAAGACCACAAAGAACGAGGACUUUUCUUUCGAGUGGGACUUACUUGUUUGAGCAUAAAAACCAAUCGUGGAGUGUGAGGCUUUGAUAUUCAUCUCAGAUAUAAGAAGCUGUUGAUAUCAACAAGGGUAACUAUCAGCAUUACCAUGAUCUCUAUUAAGAUAACUAUCCCAUGAUGCAAGCUCCGUUACAUAACAAACUUAAGAUACAAGUACUCCUGUUAGAAAAACUUUGGCCAAAGUUUAUAUGGUAUAGGAUAAGCCAAGAUUUUUCAAAACCAAAAUUUUGAUAUAUAUAUAAGUCAAAGGCAAGAUAUUAUUUUCUAUAAUCUGAGAGUUGUUCCAAACUACACUGAGCAACUUAAGGGCUAUAGAGAUAAAGUGACACACCAAAAAAGUGUUAUUCAGAUAAAAUGAAUAGUCGCCUUGGUGAGACAGAGUCAAAGUGGACUUGUGAAUACUGUACCUAUGAGAACUGGCCAUCAUCACUGAAAUGUACAAUGUGCAGAGGCGCCAAACCACUGUUAGGAGAGGAUAUUUAUCGACUGCGGGACCCGAGCCCGCAAAGAUCUGGCUCCAAUGUGGCUUCGGGUCCGGUGCCACCCGCUAGUGAUUCAUACAAUUUAAGUUCGCAAAAUUACAGUCAAAAUGUACCAUCAGCAGGGAAAUGGUACUGUGAAACAUGCACCUAUCUCAAUUAUCAGAACGCAACUCGUUGCACGCAAUGCUCAAAUCGUCGAUCUCCAACCACAACCGUUACAGCAACUACACCUCAACACAAUCAGUCAAUAAACUCUGUAGCUUCAAAUCUUCACGAGCAUUUGGCGCCUCUAAGACUUGGAGAUCCACCGCCUCCGUCUCUUCCCUCGACGAAUUCUCAAUGCAAUACACCAUCGGCGAAUUUGAAUUUGAAUCCGGACAGAUGUCCGUCUUCGAAUAAUUCGGGUCAGCAGCAGCCAGAAAAGUGGUCCUGUCAGGCGUGUACUUACGAGAAUUGGCCAAAAUCGGGAAAAUGCGUAAUGUGUGGUCAUCAGAGGGAACGGGAACGUGGUCGAGGUGAGAAGGGCUCGAACUCGCAGAACACAAGUAGUCUGAUAUUGCCAAGUCCGGAAAGGGAUUUACACCAUAAUCACCCACAGCGGGGUUUACCUUCACCGCCGCACACGCCUUACAUACAUCAAGCACAGCGUGACGAGAACUUGGCGAUAGCUAGGCGGAGUUCUCACAGGUAUGAUGGCAGAAAUGACAGUCUUCCUACGCCGCAAUCUCCUAAUAAUUGCGACUACGAGCGCAGGCUCAAGCAGCUCAGGCGUCACACGGAUUGGUGCUGGUUAAACGCGUGUCUCGGUAUUGUCGAGGGCGACAAUGCGCCAGUUGAGGCGUAUCUUGCCAGUGGCGGCGAUCCGGCUCGUCAAUUAACGCAUUCCGAGGUUUUACUAUUAAACAGAAGCAGUGCUUUUGACAUAGGACACACCUUAGUUCAUUUAGCUAUUAGAUUUCAAAGGGAAGAUAUAUUGGCAACGCUGCUGUCGCAAAUUGAGGGCUCGGGCUCGGGUAUCAAGAGGGUGCCGAGUUAUGUAGCGCCCGAUCUGGCAGUUCAAAUACGCAGACACGUUUCAAACAGCAUACGCAUGCGGAAAGGCUCAUUUCCCUGUUAUUUCGUGACGGAUAUGGCAACUUUUGCUCUUCCUGCCGAGGUUGAAGAUCUGCCAAGUAUAGUACAAGAACAGAUGCUCGAAGAGCUCCUGGACCGUGAGGCUCAGCAGCAGUUGGAAGGUGGAGGUGGAGAGCCACCUGCGCUGAACUGGUCUCUCGAGAUCACCGACCGACUAGGCAGUCGACUGCAUGCUCUGUGGAAUCGCUCGGCUGGUGAUUGCUUACUCGACUCUGUAAUGCAGGCCACGUGGGGAGUCUUCGACAGAGAUAAUUCGUUGAGACGUGCUCUUGCGGAUACGUUGCAACAGGCAGGUCAAUUUUUCUAUCCUCGUUGGCGGGAAUACGAGGCGUCACAGGCUUCCAGAAUGUUAGAUUUUACCCUCGAAGAAACCCAGUGGCAAGAAGAUUGGGAAAAUUUGUUAACUACGGCCGCUCAACCCGGAAGUGCACUUGAGCAGUUGCAUGUUUUUGCUUUGGCUCACAUACUGAGAAGACCAAUUAUUGUUUACGGAGUGAAAUACGUCAAAAGUUUUCGCGGGGAAGAUAUAGGGUAUGCAAGAUUUGAAGGAGUGUAUUUGCCAUUGCUCUGGGAGCCCUCGUUCUGUAUACGUUCACCCAUAGCUUUGGGUUAUACACGCGGUCACUUCACAGCUCUUGUGCCCAUCGAGCCCUACUCUUCAUCUCGGAUUCCUGCCCUGGCAUCGCACCAUGGUGGCGUCAAUGUCGUUGGUGGCGGUAACAGUCCCAUGCAGCAACUGCAGAUGCAGACGACUUUUAUGCCGCUUAUGGAUCGCGAUAGAAAACUCCUGCCUAUACACUUUCUCAGCCCCGACGAGAUGGGCCGCGAGGAAACGAUAUUAAAGCAGUGGCUUGAUGUGUGCACGACCGAAGGCGGAAUACUAGUGGCACAACAGAAACUUCAUAAAAGGCCGCUUCUCGUUGCCCAGAUGGUCGAGGAGUGGCUUAAUCACUAUAGAAGAUUAGCGUGAGUAAUGCACAGGACAAAGUCAGAUGAACGAACCACCAUUCUCGAGGGCAAUUGCUCUGCAAGAUUAUAGUAGUGAUGGUGAUACUGAGGACGAGUAAUGCUUUGAUACAAGAGAAGAAUUGAAAAAGUAAAUUAAACUAGAAAUUGAUAAACCGCUAACACGGAUGAAUGUCUAACCACAAAUUCUUCAUCUUGUAUUUUCCGUUUGGCGUAUUCAAAAGAAAGUGAAUCUAGAAAUAUCACCAAAUGAUCGGCAAUACCUGAAUACUAUUCUAAAAAAGGCUCAGCACGCAAUGUCACCCAUGUUAUAUGGACACAGUUGAGUUGUGGACUUGAUUACUGAAUACAUGUUAUCGAAAAAAAUGUUAAAGGUAUAUACUACAAUCAGCUUUAUCGGUACUUCGAUUUUAAUUAAAAGAAAUUUAAAAAACCACAAUUUUUUCGUAUUAUUCUCCGAACCGACAAAAAUGAAAGUUAUUUAUUUGUUAAUACACAUUUACAAUAUAUUUUCGAUGAGUUGCAAAGUAAAUUAAAAAUGACUUUUGAUUAUUACACUAAAUUCGAAGUAAGGAAAAAGCUGAUUUGUAAAAUUGAUUUAUUGAGCUGCUAAACAAGCGACUCAAUAGAAUUUGUUUAACUUUUCGAAUCUCUAUCGAUUCGCAUGAUUAGUUGUAUAUCGAAUAAUUUCUAAUUAUAAUAAUCUUAUUUAUUAACUAUUUGACCCUGUGUGUUACGCAGUGUUUUAGCAUGAAAGUGCGUGGAAGAAUGAGCAAACGAGAGAGUGAAAGAGAGAUAUUUCUUAUUUUUUUUCGCUUUACAUAGAUAGUAUAUAAGAAAGGCUUAGUUAAUAAAGUAAUCAUGUAAUUAUAUGGUUGAGGUCAAGAAAAAAUAAUUGGAUUCCACUAGGGAUACCGGUGCUGCUAAAGAAUAAUAAUUAAACAAACUAUAAUAAUGUGAGAUUCGGAAAUUAAUAAUUAUUAUUAUUAUUAACGUAAUAGGCGUUUUUCAUUAUCUGUGACGAGUUUUAGUCGUGUCUAUUCUCACACUGUCCGUUUUAUCAGGUCGAGUCUGCGACCACGGAGUUUUGUUGUUAUGCAGUAGCUAAAUUUAUCGUGUGGAGGAAGUAGAGGCUUGAGGGGAUGUAGCUAAAAUUUUGCUUUUUAUUUGUAUAUAUAAACUAUAAUGUGAAGUUUUUCCGGGAAUCACGUUCACUCAUAAACAAUAUCCUAAUGGCAAUUUUUGAAGCCCAAUGUGACUAAGUUACUUAAAGCUAAUAAAAUUACCAUAUUGUCGUCCACAUUUUAUUGUAAUCAAAGGGAAAAUCGUAAUAUCGUGAAUUUCCCGGGAGCACCUACCGAAUGUAUUUCAGUGGGCUGCUCAGAACUUUUAAUUUUCACAUCGAAUAUUAAUAGCUGCAGUCUCUCCUUUUCUCGACUCCAAAAAAGUAAAAUAAUGUAUUAUCGUUACUGGUUCUCAUUGCGAAUUCAACGUCUUGUUGUAUGCGCUCCUUGUUGAAUUAGCUCUUAAACAAAAAACUGCAAAGUCGCAAACAACGAUGUCGUAUUUCGACGACGCCAAGCGAAGUAUUUAAAAAAAGUUACAAAAAAAUUAAAGCUUGUCAAAAGCACCUUCCGUCUACUUAUAUUCAAUAUUGCAGAAGAUUCAAAGAAAUUAUUUAAGAAGAUUAUAUGCCAGCAGGGCGCAACUAAAGAGAAUUUACGUCUCCAGCAGAAUUUAGAAUUAACAAGAAAAAUUUUUGAGAAAGCAAACUAAAGCCUUUGAAAUGAUUCGUUUUUGUACAGGAGGAAAGUGUAAUGCAAGGUGUGGGAUGGGUACGUCUUUUACAUUUAAAUAAUCGCUCGGCCAACCGAUAAACCCUAAUCAAAAGAGUACAAAAAUUCAAGAAUCCUUUUGUUUAUACCGUUGUUACGUGUAACCCACUUACAAUUUUAGUCUUUAUUUUCGUGCAUAAAAUUGAGUCACGACGCUAAAAUUUAUUUAGAUUUUGUACCAUUAGUGCUGCAGGUAUUUUUUGACUUAAAAGAAAUCACUUAUAUUUUAUCCUCAUCGUUUUAAAAUUUGCAUGUUGCAUUGAAAAUGAAUGAAUUAAUUUAAUUAUAUAAUUGCAUUAAAACGUCUUUACCCAUAUAUACCUGCAGUCAUGCCUCAACUUAACAAAAAUCAAUUCUAACGUAGCUUCUAGUCCUUUAGCACUAUUAUUAUUACCGUUUUUUUUGUCACAAACAAUCGUGAUUUAUUGCGUAUUUCAGUAGGGGGUGAGAGGUAUAAGAUGCGGUGAAGCGAAAAGUUGAAAGGAAGACAGAAAGCGUAUGCAUAUAUAUUAUAGGAAGGGGGGGGGCAAAGAAAAAUCAAUGCGAUGUCAAAAUGUGUUUGUAAACGGAAAGAAAGAAAGGAAAAUCUAAAAUUAACACGUCCUCUCUUCUUUUUUUUGGUUUCUUUAAAUGUCAAUCACUCUCUCUCUACUUAGUUCUUACGGAGAAAGAAACAAGAGUAAGCAAAGCGUAUAGCGUUUUUAACAUGCCUUGCGCGCUGCGGUUAUUUUCUGCGCUAGUGAACGACGGAGCGAAGCAAAAGCGCGUGAUCAUUAUUGUAUCAAGUGGCAGCGAAGAGUCGUGAAUUAUAAUUAAUAAUGAAGAAAACAAAAAUGAAUAACGAAAA